AACAUGUAUGUAAGAAACAUAUGAAGGAAAUAUAUACAUAUAUUUGCACACUACUGAAAUUUAUCGCUGUACAUAUGUUAUGUAAUUCGUGCGAAUAAAUCGUACCUAUUCAUGCUAAAAAGAGCAACUUGGCGAGCUGUUUGCAUCAUUCCAUUCUCCAUGUAAAUACUGGUCAUAAAAUACAUAUUGGAUUAAUUAACAUGUAUAAAUUACAUAAAUUGCAAUCAAACUGGGACAGAUAAUUCGUCCCAUAAUUAUUCACACUUGAACAGACAGGUAUGUGCAAGUUCAGGGUUGUGACAAUCAUCUGUUAUUUUGCGCAUUUGCGAAGUUCGUCGUCAAUAAUUUCUUGAAAAAUUUGCCAACAAUGGGAAGCAAGCUGGUGAUACGGGACGCGGUGGCAUCCGACGUGGCGUCGUACAUCGAGUGGGGGUUGGCCGAGGGGUGGAACAUGUCACAGGACGCACCCACCUACUUCGCAUCCUAUCCGAAAGGAUGGCUGAUUGCACAGAUUGGGGACGUGGUGGUGGGUAAGCUGUACAGCACCGAGUACCCCAGCGGAAUUGGUCACAUCGGAUAUGUCAUUGUGGGGAAGGAGUGGCGUGGGCAGGGGGUCGGGACCGCGCUCCUGCGACACACGCUGGACAAUCACCUCGCCGCCUGCGGUCUCGGUGUGGCGCUCUACUCUGCAGUCGAAGAGGUCCCGUUCUAUGAAAAUUUAGGGUUUCACGUGGAGCGAAAAGCAUUCCGCAUGAGUCGCCCGACAACGUUGGAGGACGCCAAGUUAUCCGAAAGGAAAGAAUUCGUAAACAUAGCAGUUAAAGCCAUGAAUCCUAACACCGAUUUGGAGAAAAUAGCGCAAUUCGACGCCACUCUGAGUGGUUCGUACCGUCCCGGAUUCUGGGCGCAGUUUAGCAAGGGUAAAACCAACCAUGGUGUUUUCCUCGUGGUGGGAGAAGCUGGAGAAAUGUUGGGCUUGGGGGCACUUCGUUCGAUGACCUUUUCAACCAGGGUGGGGCCCAUCUACGCCAAAUCUGCGGGAAUCGCGGAGGCAAUUUUGCUUAAAUUACUGAGUCAAGUGGAAGGAGGAGGUCCGGUCACUUUGGACACUUUCACCGAUAAUGCAGAAGCUAUCGAAACGUAUGGAAAGCAUGGCUUGACUCGUACCACGGACACUUUUCUGCUUCGUCGCCCACCUGUAAAGGAAACCAUGGUGGAACAUGAACAUCCUUCCUCCCGCAACUUGCAAAAAAUUUUCGCCAUUACUUCACUCGACUUUAACUAACAUCGAAAACUAAUAAAAAGUGCUUAUAUAUGUAUCUGUAGAAGAAGUGAUUUUUUCUUGUUAAGCAAUUAAAUUAUGAUGAAAUUCUUAAUGCGAUUUAAAAUUUUGUAUAAUUAGUGACAAAAAGGGAUUUUUUUAAAGUUCUAAAUCAGAAGAUUUGCCAAGUUUUUGACAUUUUUUAGCUACAAAGGUAUGAUUUUUUUCCACCAUAAACUUGAGAAAAUUCUGACGAAAUUGUAAAUUAAAAUAAAAACUUUUGCAGACUUUAGUGACAAAUGUGAUUUUUUUAGUUAGCGAAUUUUUAACGAAAGUCUAAAUCAGAUUAUUUGUUAAUUUUUGGCAGGUUGAUGAUGAAUGUGUAUAUAAAUAAUACGUUCAUAAUUUACAUAUUUAAUUUUUACAUGAAGUAAAUCCGAGUUUGAAUUUUUACAAUAAAAUUUUUUUUAUUACAAUUUGUCAUCCAUUUUAAGAUUGCAUUGUCAAAAAUUAUCCCCUUUUUAAACCCGGUGGAUUGGAACGUACCGUUUUUUAUUUAAAUAAUCGACUGAAAAGUAAUUCGCAAUUUGCGCCAUAGUUAAACUAUUUAUUACAUGGGCGCAAAUUAUGUCGUAAAUAUUAAAAAAACACACCUUAAAAAAGACUCAAAAAGUUUACCCCUAUAAAUUUCGUUGGUUGUAUAAUUAAAAACGUGAAUAAAUAUUUAACAAAAAAAAA